AUGGCAGACAAUAUCUCCGGCUCCAGCAUAGGUGCCGAGGCCAAUGCUUAUCCGAAUGAGGAAAAGAUGGACACCAAGGAGCGUAUCGUCUCUGCUUCCAACGACCCCCCUCCAUAUGUUGGUGCUAGUAGCUCGAUGUAUGUGGAUACUAGCAUCACCUUUGAGAACUAUGUCCACUGGGCCAAGCGGUCGCGUGAGGUUGAGAAGCACAUGCGGACCGACAAUGUGGGAUUUGAGUACUGGAUUAGGAAGUGGUUUAAUAAAAACUCCGAUGAUUCGGUGACAACACAAGGAGAGGCCCCGGGACAGCAUUCUCCUGUCACUGACCCCAAAGCCAACUCUACCAGCAAAACGAACGGCCAUAGCACAACCGACGAUUGGGGCAUCACUGAGGCAGAAUGGGAACAGGCACAACGAGCCACGCGAACCGCAACCUGGGGUUCGAUCUUCUAUCUCAUCACCACCGAUAUUCUUGGACCGACCAAUGUUCCCUGGGCGAUCAGUCAAAUGGGCUUCGGACCAGGGGCUAUACUUUACACUGUUUUCGGUGUCAUGGCUUGUUACUCCGGCAUGCAACUGUGGCAGAUCUUCGUCGGUCUUGACUCCACUCGAUUCCCGAUGCGCAAUUAUGGCGAUGUUGCUUUCCGUAUUUACGGAAACUGGGCACGCAUUUUCGUCAAUGUCCUACAGAGCUUCCAGUUCUUUCUCAAUGUGACCCUGCUCAUUGUGAGCAAUGGACAAGGACUGGCGCAGAUGGCUACCGGUGCCAAUGGCAAGGGGUUCCUUUGUUUUAUCGCUGCUGAGGUUAUCUUCAUGGUCAUCGGCUUUUUCCUCGGACAGAUCCGUACCCUGCAACGCCUUUCCUACCUGGCCAACAUUGCAGUCUGGCUGAAUGUCAUUGUUAUCAUCAUGACCAUGGCCGUGGUUUAUGAGUACCCGCCUAACUAUGAGGCCUCACUGACUAGCUACAAUACUCCAAAGGGGCCUGUGAAGACAACCGGAUACUGGCCCGAGAGUUCAACGCUUACCGACAAAGUCAAUGCUAUGAUGAACGCUGUUUUCGCAUACGGUGGCGCAACCAUCUUCAAUGAGCUCAUGGCUGAGAUGAGACGGCCAUAUGAUUUCUGGAAGGGUUUUAUCAUUGCCGAGAUAUUCAUCUACGUUUGCUACCUUGUCUCAGGCAUGGUUGUGUACAGUGCACAGGGCCAAUUUACGUUCAAUCCUGCCUAUCAAGGCAUUCCAAGUUCUGCCUACAGGUUCCAGACUCUGGGCAAUGCCAUCUCAUUUAUUACCGGUAUCAUCGCAGCACUGCUGUAUGGUAACAUUGGUAUCAAAGUCUUCUACUCUUCCGUGUGCCGCGAUGUCUUCCACUUGCCCGAAUUGAACAGCCGAACUGGAAAGUGGCUGUGGGUUGGGUUCGUGCCUGCCUACUGGGCUCUCGCCUGGGUGAUUGGCGCCGCAAUCCCCCAAAUCACCAACCUCACAUCCUUCGUGGGAGCCGCCUGUAUCCUGCAGUUUUCUUACACAUUCCCACCACUGUUGCUGGUUGGGUUCAACGCCCAGAAUGAUGCGAUACUCGUCGAAGAGGAGUUCAAUCCCACAACUGGCCAGGUGCAGCGUGUGGACAAUGGAAUCAAGCGGUUCUUUAGAGGUUACAAGGUGAAGUUUUUCCGGAACACUUUCGAUCUACUCUACUCGAUUGCUGCAUUGGGCGCUGCCGGUCUGGGAAUUUGGGCUUCAGUCACUGCCAUGAACUCGAGUUUCCAGGCGGGUAAACUGACCCCUUUCACUUGUGCGAACCCGGCUGGAUAA